AUGGACCCCUCAAAGCCAUGUGUGGACCAGGCGUCGGCAAGUCCAGACGAUUCCACUACUUCGCAGAACCGUGACCGGCACGAGGUUCAAACUGUAGUCCCCCCGUCUUUGAUGGGGGUUUUACAACAGGUUUUCGAUCAGCUAGAUUAUGCUAUCGUGGCGAUUGACACCGCUGCCGACAACAUAGAAAAGAAAGACGCGAGGCAGCUCAAAACAACUAAAUGGCUGGUGGACAACGUAGAUUGGGAAGUAAACGGUCUUGCCAUGGCAGUGGAGGCCACCGCCGCCCUGACGACGCCCUGGGAUGGAAUUGCGGGAUCGAGUUGA